AAACCACUUUCUGAUUAUAAGGCACGCCGUAGUGGAGGACUCCGGAAAUUUUGACCACCUGGGGAUCUUUAACGUGCACCUAAAUCUAAGUACACGGGUGUUUUCGCAUUUCGCCCCCAUCGAAAUGCGGCCGCCAUGGCCGGGAUUCGAUCCCGCGACCUCGUGCUCAGCAGCCCAACACCAUAGCCACUGAGCAACCACGGCGGGUUCUCCUACGCAGAAUAGUACGGUGCCUUCAAGAAUAUUCUUGACCAAUCCGCUGCUGUGGGUGCAUAGGCAACAAAUGGACGGCAGAAGAAGAAGAAGAAGAAGAAGAAGAAGAAGAAGAAGAAGAAGAAGUCACGUGGAGAGUGCGUGCCCUCGUUCAGCUGGAGCCUCGCGUGGUCGAAGAUCGAAGCAGUCGAAGGCAGGCAUACAGUUCGCCCAUAAAAUCUGAAGCCUCAUUGUGGACGUCGCUGUCGACUUGGCUUACGUGUCUUCAAGAAGCAUUCGCUCUGACAAGCCCCGCUCCGUCAAGUCCUAACCAUGUCCAGCCGCAAAUCAAAGAAAUCACGCGGCAGUGCAAAUACCGAUAACCGCCACCGCCGCCGCAAGUCGUACAAGGCCCCUGAGGAAAUGCAGAAGUCCUCGAGUGAUAACCGCCACCGCCGCCGCAAGUCGUACAAGGCCCCUGGGGAAAUGCAGAAGUCCUCGACCGAUAACCGCCACCGCCGCCGCAAGUCGUACAAGGUCCCUGAGGAAAUGCAGAAGUCCUCGACCGAUGUCCCGCCUCCCAUAGCGACCACCACAGCAGCAGCUGAAAGCAGCGGCGUGACCACGUGCGAUUCUGGUAAUGUCUUGAAGUUCGACACCACUCACAAGGCGACAGACGACUUCCCGGAGGCUGGGACAGCGGUAACCGAUGUUCAGUACCGCGAAAACAGUCCCGGAAACAUACUGGGAUCGAGGUCCACCGACGUCAACCUUACCAGACCGCAGUCAUCCACGGAAACAAACGUCCCAGGUGUCGAGCCGACGCCGCCGCAGCCUCAACCGACGACUGUCGCGGAACCUGCGUCUGCGUCGCACAAUGCGAGGAACCGGAACGCCGCUGGAGGACAGCUGAACGCCGAGGACUCGGUGCCCAGUGGUCCGCAAUCUACAGAUUCUCGGUCACGUGAGCGCUUGAACUUGCGUGAGACGGCCACGACUAUCCCCGUUCGACAGACGGUCUCACCACCAAAAGAAGAGCGCCUGGAGGGAAACACCCGAAACAGCCAGGAUUUGGCGGCUCUGCCACCGCAGAGUGCCAUCGCCCCGUUGAGCACGUUGUCUCCAGACCCACAGGCCGUGGUCACCGCCGAGGGCGCCUACGCGCCUUCGGAAGUAUUCGGCAGUGUGACGGCUUCCGGUGUGAACACUGUCCUCGACGGACCUCGAGGAAAGUCACCCGGUCCACUUCCAGCAUCAAGCAGCGCCACAGGUCAGCAGCCAGAGACGCAAGAGCGCCACCCUGAGGGAGGCACGGUGACCGAGGUCCCGCCGGCUCAUCGAACAGGUUUCAUGGCGGCCGCUUCGACCAUCGGGGUGUCGACGACGGGGCGUGAAUCCAGACCGAAGGGUCUGAAUACGGCUCAUUCAACCAUGCAGGCUGCGAACCCCCCGGAGAGCCAGCGGUCCUUAGGCCCCUCAGCUCUGAGCCCAAAUAUGGAAGCAUCCUUCUACGAGAAGAUGGCUGUCAUCAGAAGAACCCCGACAACAGUUUCGGCCAAGUCAAGCAUGAUUGGUCGCUGGGCAGCAUUCAGUUUGGCCUUAUUCUUCGUCUCCCUCAUUCUGUUCUUCAUUGUGAUUCCACUACUCUGGAAAAUUGACGCCGUUCCCAAGAUCUGCGACACACAGGAUUGCCUCGUGCACGCGAGUCUGCUCAAGGCCAGCCUUAACCUGAGCGUCGACCCUUGCCACGACUUCUCGGCUUUCGUCUGCUCGCGCUGGGCCCAGAAGCAGACGGCGUUUCGCGAGGAUGCCAACUCGGUCAUGGACGGCCUGCGCUACUCCUGGUACAACAACUUCGGCGACACUUUGCGCCUUGGCUCGCUCAAGCUCCCCGUGGGCAAAAAGCCGUUGGCGAUGUACGAGAUGUGCAUGAGCGAUUCCUCGUCGGCCGGCAAAGGUUCCCACAUUCCUUUGAUGCUAUCCCUGUUCCUGUAUCUGCCUGCCGCAUGGGGAAACAUUUCGAAUGAAGCGAUUCCAGCCGUAGGCUUGGCCGUUCUGUUUGCCUACAAAUGGCAGGCACCCUUCUGGCUCACGGUCACCGUCCUCGAUGGCAGCCGAUUGUCAAGCGGGAGACGACGCGUGGUGGUCAAGCCUGGCGGCUACCUUCCCUCGUUCCUGAGGCAACACCGUGCCGCGGCCGACUCUUACGGCCAGUACAUGUUGUCGUUCUUCAAUGCGUACGUACCGAGAACGGACGACCAGCCCAUUCACUUGACCGAUGCCCAUGUCAGGUCUAUUCGGGACAUGGAGGCGGACGUGCUUCGACAGCUAAACGCCGUUUAUUCACAGAGGAAACCUUCUGUGUUAACGUUCGCCGAAUUGGACGCCACGAUCGCUAUCGGAUCUGCUGUCAGCGGCAGCUGGUUGCGGAGCUUUCGAGAGGCCCUUUCGCUGGAGCCGCAGCUGAUGCCGCAAGACGAGGUCCUGGUCAGCCACGCUGUUCUCUUCGAGAUUAUAGCCGGACUCGUGGCCAAGUAUGGAGACGCGAAGUUGAGGUAUCUCCUGAUUUGGGAAUAUGCGCAGCUGUACGUUCCGCUCGGGGACCUAAGUUUCUUGGCGACUCGCUACGGAAGCAUGUCGAAGGCGAACAUCUACCACCCCGUGUACUGUGCUCACCACGUGGCGGCCGCCUUCAAUGUGCUCGCGCUUUCGCUAAGCAUCGCUGUCGGCUUCACGGCUGAAAUGCGCAAUCGUAUCGACGCGCGCUUCGACAGUCUCGUCUCAUCCGCCUUAAAGAUUGUGAACAGCUCCACGUGGCUGGACGAAGGGAGCAAGCGACGGGUGAUCAAAAAGCUAUCGCUCGUCGAGAAGAGGAUGUGGCCGCCGGAGUCACUCCUGGCGGAAGACGAACUGGAGAACAUUUACGCGGGUGUCUCCGAAAACGAAACGUCAGUUGCUGAGUUUUGGAUUAAGACCCGCUUGAUCAUGAGCGAGCUGAAGGGACCAGAGGACUAUUUUGUGGCGUCGCGCCUGCUCGGCAACAACUUCCCGUUGUACGUUGACUACGACUACGUCUUCAACAGCGUCGAAUUAGCCACAGGCGUCGCCGCAGCUCCGGCCUAUUACAGGAACGGGACCGGCGCCAUGUUCUACGGCGGCCUCGGUUUCCUGAUGGCCACGCAGCUGGUGAAGUCCGUCGAUGAAGUAGGGCUCGAAUGGGCAGCCCCCGAAACCAUCGCUGACUCGCUCUUGUCUGGUUCCAGUCGACGCGCCUAUGACGACAGGGUCCACUGUCUGAAUGGGUCCGGAGCAAAGAGCAUCUUUCCAGAAAUACCUGCGCUCGAAAUCGCAUUCUCCGCGCUCGAGGAGUCCAAUCUGCUCGGCGGGCAAGAACACCUCGCACUGAGCCCAGAGCUGCAAGAAGGCAAGGUUUUCUUCUUGACUAUCUGCUACAUGACUUGCUCGGCACCAGGCCACUCGCACCCUGUGACCACCGACUGCAACAAGCUGGCGCGGAAUUCGGUGCAUUUCGCCAAAGUGUACGGUUGCCCCAAAGGAUCCAGAAUGAACCCAGAGAAGAAAUGUUCUUUCUUCGCUUGAUUUCCGUCGUAUAUAUUGGUGCGUCAUGAGGACAGGUGGAAUCCGCGCUUGCUUGCACGUAACAUCGUGUGUAAUCGUUAUAUUUGCUGUGCAAUGAUGUUCGUUGAAGUAAUCUGCGUGACUUUGAUCCUAAUGAAAGCUUAUGAAAACAACCUUAGGUCAAUGGAUUUUUUGUGCUCGGCGAGAUGCAUGAACUUUGCUCGCUUACUCUUUCGGUGUCUUUCCAAGUACGGGACACUUUAUGCGUUUCAAUGCAAGAAUUUUAUUUGCUCCGCUUGAACCCUUUAUUUUGGUUUCUCGCGCUUCUUUUAUGCAUUUGCACUGCAGUAUAUUUGCGUGUUUUUUUGUGUUUUUUUUUAGUUGUGGCAUACCGGUUCAAGGAUCCGCUAUGAAGAUUGUUGCCGCGAAUGCACCCCCUGGAGUGAUCUUUACUUGACAUCGCCUGUACACAUUGUUGAACUGUGUUAUAUGUUAACAUAUUACAGUGUCACGUUAUCUAUUUCUAUAGAACUUAUUUCAUUCCCCUAAAAUUUCUUGUUAGACAGAAAGGUUGUCUCUCAGUUCUAUGUUUUAAAUAUUUCAACUAUC